UUGCAGUGCACGCAUUUUCUUUCCUAAGUUCCCAACCGAAGUGUGCGCAUUUGUUUGUGGCAUGUUUCAUUUCCUUGCCUUAAUUGCAGACAAGACAACGUUUUGGUGGGGAAUUGUUAUUGGAAUCAUUCCCUCAUCUCCAAGAAUCUACCCAAACUCUCAUCUCAAACCCAACCAUUAACCAUUAAUUUUUUUUCCAGAUAAAUACAAAGUUUGUCCCUCAACUGAAAAAGAAAAAGAAAAAGAGAAAGCUACUAUGGCUAAUCCCAAAGACCCAAAGGAGUGUUCAUUUUCCUUCUCCGACUUCCCUGAAGACGUCCAGCUUUGCAUCCUCUCCUUCCUGUCCCUACCCGAUAUCGCGAAUUUCGCUUGCACCUCUAAACGCUCCGUUUCGCUAUGUUGCAACGACACCAAGCUCUGGUUCACCCUUUGCCAACGCCGGUGGGGCCCCAAGACCCAGAUCAAUAAAUGGGGUGGCGGUCAAAUCACCUACAAGCUCCUUUACAAGACCCUCACCCAGUGGGAGAAUCUCAUCGGCUUCUGGCGCCAUUGCGGUCGUGCCGGCCUCUCAGGUCAAUGUCCUCGGUUGAUCAUUUUCGAGUGGGGCCCAUCUUUUGUUUUCGGUUCUAGGGUUUGCCCGUCCAAAAACGGCACUUACCAUGUUACCAAAUCACCGUUUUUGUGGAUGGGGAUAUCCCCAGAUGGGCAAAUCGUGUACUUUCUCGAUCUAGAAGGCCAAACUGAAAUUCCAUCCGGGGAUUUCGGUAGCUGGCUGGAAUUUGUCUGCAUGGACCAAAAUCUGGUGCCAGCCAAUGUUAAUUUCAUGGGUAAGGAUCAUUUUGUAGUUGAAGAAAAUUCGAACUUUUGGCAUAGUAGUAAAAGUAAAGAUGUGUUAAGAAGGAUUUCAAGUUCAAAGAAUUUGAUAGAAGAUAGUGAUGGAGUUAUUGAGAGCGGAAUCGCUGGGAGCUUACCGGACCGAUUUGUAUCGGAAAUGUAUACGCAUUUCGCGAAUAGAACGAGCCCUGGUGGUGGUGGGGAUAGAGCGUGGAGGAGGCAAAGAAAGAAGGAGAAGGAAAGGCAAGGGAGGAGGAAAUGGGAGCCUGAGCAUUUCCUUAAAGUUAUCGAUUGCUCGCCUACUCCGGAUAAGCCCUUGCAGGGUCUUUGGAAGGGAAUUUCUGGUGACAUGAACUUGAAUUUCUAUCUUGUUAAAUAUGAUGAAAUUGGGGGCAUAAUCUGCCAAAGGAUUGGGGACUUCUCAUCCUCCUAUACUCUUGUGUUCUGGACAUCAGAACCUAUGUCCAUGCAGUCACCAUUUUCUCUAGAGGAAGAACGUAUCUAUGAUGAUCGCAUACAUUUUCAGCCAAUUGCAGCUGAGGAUCAAAUUCAUAGUCAACCAGCCAUGACGGGCAUCGAGAUGGUUUCCCACAUUCUGCAUAUCAACUCAAGUUGCAAUUUAAUGCUUCCAUCCUUGAUAGGAUCUGCUGGUCUCCAGCAUGGAGAAGGAAGGAUAUGGCAGUACAUGAAUGGAACAUUUGGAUUUGGUUUUCUUCGUGAUCAUUUUAUUAUAGACCUGAAACAUAUCAUCCAAGAAGGUCGUCUUCUUGAUUCAGUGAAUUUGUUGCAAUGAUAGUUCAUAUACUGAUUGAUUUCUAACUUGGUGUCAUGCUAGGGCUGGCACUUCACAUUACUUUUUGUAAAAUAAUUACAUCUUUGAGCCGUUUGGCCAUUGAAAUCCCAAAUUCUUCAUCCA